AAAAACAUGGCGGGCAAAACAAAUUGUUGAAAAAUCAACACAAACAUACAGGACCCGUUUCAAAACCAGACAAUUAGGCCAUCGUAUUUUACCUUAGCUGAAGAUGUCAAACAAGAGACAAAGCAUCGCUCAAACUCCCAGGACUGCUAUAGGGGAAUACCUAGAUGCCUCAAGGACCCAUUCACAGAAAGUCAUCAGAAACAGACAUGAAGGUCUUAUAAGGACCCCUGAGCCUUUGCCAAGGCCGAGGCAUGCUCGAGUGUCUAGCCUGCGUGGUGAAAGACGACGGACGUCCCUGUCUACAAGUGUCAACGUUGAGGACACUCCAAGACAUCUGAUCGAGGGUUUUCUACAAGAGGAACACAGUACAGCCCCCCUGGUGCGGGUCCAACGCCGGACAUCCCAGACUGGUGUGUCAACCAGUCAGCCUCCUCCUCCUAAGUUAAGUUGGCAUACAUGUGUGUUCGCAGCGUCACAAGAACGUUCAUCCGGCUUGAGCUCUCCCGACAUACAGCCCCUCGUCAAUGAUACAUACCACACACCAAGCCCAUUUCGUGAGAGCUCAGAAGGUUCAAUGAUAAGCAGGUCGUCUCGGAGAGGAAGGACACCUCACAGGACAGGAAAAUUCAACAUCACCGCCCAAGAGCAGAAUUCUUCCCUGGUGAUUCCAGCCACCAACCCUAACGACUACACCGUACCGAGUCCGUUCCGGUCAACCUCAGAUUCAGAAGAUGAGGAGGUGAUAGCAGACUCUCAGGCCGUACACAGUCAGACAGCCAGCAGUAGGAGAAGAGGCAGCUUCAACUUGACGGUACCAGAGAGCAUGCUUGAACAUCUGAGGUUACAGAGGUCACAGCAGGCUGACGGCCAGUCGAGGGGCAAUAGGAGUGACCACCAUUCAGGAAUCUCCUUGGCUGACCAGCACAUUGACCAGCUUGAUCAGUAUGAUGGUCAUCAGGGAGGGGAGGAAGAAUUUGACCGCAGCAGGCAAGAGAUGUUUGAAGAAGGGAAUCAGUAUGAUGAUAGAAUGGCGUAUAGAAACGAUAAUGAUGAUGUAGAUGAUGAUGAUGAUGAAAGGACUGAGUAUACAAGCAGACUGGAGAAUAGGGAAAGGGAUCAUUAUGUUCAUCAAGAAAUGUAUGACAGAGAUGAUGGUCUGGAACAGUACCAAGAUGAGGAGAUGGAUGAUGAUCAGAGUGAACCUUCAGGCCAAUACAGGGAGAAAUCAGGCCAUGAUGAAUCAGAAAGCCUCAGAGAACAUGGAGGUGAUGGCUUAAAGAUUUUACCGGAAGGAGGAAUGUACAUGCUGCCAAUGAAAGUUAGUGAGAGCAGCAUUGAGGAGGAUUAUCGAAACAUGAGCCAUGUUUCAGCUAGUAGUCGCAGUGACAUGUCUAACAUUGGAAUGGCUGAAGUUGAAAAUGGGACUUACGUUGGAAGAGAUGAGAGUGCAAGCAGAUCCCGUAGGUCGCUGUCAAAUAUGGAAAUGGCUGAUGCGGAAAGUGGGAUGUAUGUGGACAGAGAUGAUGGAGGGAACAGAUCCCGUAGGUCGCUGUCAAAUAUGGAAAUGACUGAUGCGGAAAGUAGGAUGUACGUGGGCAGAGAUGAGAUUGCAAGCAGAUCCCAUAGAUCGGUGUCAAAUAUGGAAAUGACUGAUGCGGAAACUGGGAUGUAUUUGAAUAAAGAUGAGAGUACGAGCAGAUCCUAUAGGUCAUUGUCAAGGUCGAGAGAUGAUCUUGCUGCCAGUAGGUCGGAUAUUAGUAGGAGAAGGCAGAGUUCAUUCUCAGCAGUGAGUCCUGAGGUUGAUACUAUGACCAGGCACCUGAGUACAAGCGUGGACCUGGAAAGGUCCAUGAGGGCUCGAGACCAAGAGAGAAUGGGAAGAUACAGUGAGGGCCACAAAAGUAGGUUUGGUUCUCCAAGCAGGAGUGAAAAAGACCUGCGAUUAAGUGAUGGUCACUUGCAUGGGAAAGGAUCCCCAUUUGAUAUGCAGAGGUUGAACUCCAGUUAUGAACAUCAAAACCGAGAGAAUCAGUCAAGAUCAGCUUCCAGAAGUGUAGGAAAUCGUUCAUCAAGGGACCUGAAUAUAAGUUCAAGGUCAAGGCACAGCAGUGGUGAAAGUUUCUCUUCUUCUAGAAAUCCUCAUACAUCAUCCAGGUCAUUUGAUGGGGAUCCACAGACUUCUAGGCGGGACAGGUUUCAUGCUGAAAAUAUGGGCCAUGCUACUCUCACAGAUGAUAUGUACCAGUCACCACGGAGCUUGUUAUCUGGUCGUCGGAGCCCCAGUAUUGCCUCCACCCCUCGGGUUCAAGAGGACUGGGAGUCCGGCAGCGAGCGGGGGGAUGGGAACAGCCCCCUGAAGGCGGUCACACCCUCCCCCGUUGUCUCCCCUCGAGGGGCCAGCCCUGCAAGCUCCUCCCACAGGUCACAGGGGUCAGCCAGAAUGUCAAGAGUGUCUGAUGGCAGCAAUAAGACAGUAUUCUCAUGUGGUUCAAUGAUGUCCUCAAGGUCACAACAGCCACAGCAGUCACCUAGGACUCGAAGCCAGGGAGGAAGAACCCCACUAAGGUCAUUGACCUUGCCGCAGUCAGAAUCCCGGACAAGAUCAGGGACUUUACAAAGUCAAAGGUCAACUCCAGUACUUCUAAGGUCAUCGCCAAGGCUUCAAGGGUCACCAAGUGCUUCUCUGAGGUCAACAUCAAGGUCGAUGCAAAGAUCAUCUCCACGGACACCAGGGUCAAACAAAGGCACACCGAAAUCAGAGAAAUCUGUCAUAGGUAGCAGCACUAGACAUAUGGGGCUGUCUCAGGCUUCUCCUGUUAUAGCAGGGAAAAGACAUGGCUCAGCUGAGGUGGACGCUCUUCCCCAUCAGACAAUGCUGUUUUCCCCCCCAAUAGCCUCUACCCAGAACAUCGGGGCUCUCUCCCGCCGCCUCUCCCCCCAGCCAUCAACAUCUAGACAAAGUAAAAUCACCGACUUUGUACAGCAGACAGAAGGCGAAAAUACAAACAUAACCUCCACUGCAGCAGAAAUAACAGUAAAAAGCCCAAAGAAGAAGGUUGUGCGAAAACCUCGUCAGAAGUCUCGCUACCUGAUACCAACUUCAACAGUGAAGAAACAUUUCAACCAUUUUGCCGGCAUGCGUGUGGCCAAGGACGCUAUUGAGGAGGUCAUGAAAGUGUAUGAGACAUACUGGGAUAACUUGUGUGUGGACUUGGAGGCAUACGCCAGACAUGCUGGCAGGAAACGCAUACAGAUGGCCGACUUUGAACUGCUCUUCAAGAGGCAAGACUAUGUAACAGAGAAGACCAGUCUUAACUCCUUGAUUCAUCGCUACCUUCCCUGGGAAGAAGCUGAUAAACUAAUACCAGUCAUUGGUGCAGACAACAAGAUAUACCCAAAACUGUAGACUGCUACCACCAACAUUGUGGUUCAAUGUUAGUGAUUUAAUACCAGUCAUUGGAUUGAACAACAAAAUAUACACUGAAAUAAACACAGCUAUUUCCUUGUGGUUUAUAAUUGAUGAUUUAAGUCCAGGCAUUGGGGCAGAGAACAUAAUAUAUAUUAAAAUUGGUGAUUUUAGAGCCGUCAUUGAGGCAGACAACAAGAUAUACAUGUUCUACCAAUAAUAUCAACACCGUGAUCGCAGCAGACAACAAAAUAUACCUAAACUGUUGACCGCUGUCAUAAAGUGUUCAAAACAGUCAACCAUGUGAUGUUUGUGGAUAUAUAUAUAUAUAUUUGUAUAUCGUAAAAGAAAAAGUUUUCUGUUUUCUUUUUAAUAAUAAAAGUGUCAUGGAAUCAGUGUAAUUAUGUAGCUUGACCAUUAUGGUAAUGUAACCAUUCAUUUUCAUUUAUUGAAAAAGAAUUUCAAGUCUGGAUCAACAGUCAUGUUACAAAAUGUACAUACAAGGCAAGGAUAUGAUCAUCAAGGAUAUCAUUUGGUAUUCAAAUGUGUAGAUGCAUGUAGAUAUUGUUUUGAGAUAAUGUCUGUAAAGAAAUAUUUCCGCUGUACAACCAUUUGUUGUUCAUAAAAUAAUUUGAUGACAAUGACUAUAUAUAGUUUAUAUGUUGUUGUUUUUUCCAGGAAAAGUCAAGGUAUUGUCAAUUCAAAUGAAACUUGGUACACGUGUUGCUAGAUACGCAUAUGUAAAUCAAAGCCCGUAACUCUGAUCAUAAGUAUUAUCAAGUUAUGCCCAUUUGUUACUAAAAUACAUACAAAUUCUUUAACCUUGGCAAUAAGAAUCAUUUAUGUAAGUCAUAUAAUGAUUAAAAUAUUAUACUAGUAUUUUUAUGUUCCUUGUGUUUUACAUCAAUAAUUAAUGUUGUUAUAUCAAUAUUAAAUCAUAGCAUUAACUCUGGUUAAAGACCUAAGGCAGGGCUCUGUUAGCGGCGUAGAUGCACUAUGUUUCAUUUAAAAUGGUGAAGAAAUAGAAAAGUUACCUUUGUUUAAAUUCUUCAUUUGAAGCAAAAUAUUGCUUUCCAACACAGCAUU